CUGGGCGCUGAGUUUCGGGCGAUACCGAGAGGCGGCCGCCGGGGGCCCGGCGCGUAGCUGGGGUCUUGGGCAUCGUGGGAGGAACUCUGGUCACCCCUGACCUCCGUGUAGCCGUGUGGUUAGGGGAAGGUCUCCUCGAGUGCCAGCUCGUCAGGAUCGUGGGUAGACGCACACCCGAGGGGACGUGCAAGCCUGCUCGCGACCGACUGAAACUCGGGAAUCGUGAGAGGCAGCGGAGAAAUGCUGAGCUUCCUGAGAAGAACGCUUGGCCGCCGGUCCAUGCGUAAACAUGCUGAGAGGGAGCGACUCCGGGAGGCACAGCGUGCUGCCACGCACAUUCCUGCAGCUGGAGAUGCCAAGUCCAUCAUCACGUGCAGGGUGUCCCUUCUGGAUGGUACAGACGUUAGUGUGGACUUGCCGAAAAAAGCCAAAGGACAAGAGCUGUUCGAUCAAAUUAUGUAUCACCUGGACUUGAUUGAAAGUGACUAUUUUGGUCUGAGAUUCAUGGAUUCGGCCCAAGUAGCUCACUGGUUGGAUGGUACAAAAAGCAUCAAAAAGCAAGUAAAAAUUGGUUCACCCUAUUGUCUUCAUCUUCGAGUUAAGUUUUAUUCCUCGGAACCAAACAACCUUCGUGAGGAGCUGACCCGGUAUUUAUUUGUUCUGCAGUUAAAACAAGAUAUUCUCAGUGGGAAAUUAGAGUGUCCCUUUGAUACAGCCGUUCAAUUGGCCGCUUAUAAUCUGCAAGCUGAACUUGGUGACUAUGAUCUUGCUGAACAUAGUCCUGAACUUGUCUCCGAGUUCAGAUUUGUGCCCAUUCAGACUGAAGAGAUGGAGCUGGCUAUUUUUGAGAAAUGGAAGGAAUACAGAGGUCAGACACCAGCACAAGCUGAAACCAAUUAUCUGAAUAAAGCCAAAUGGCUAGAAAUGUAUGGAGUUGAUAUGCACGUGGUCAAGGCUAGAGAUGGGAAUGACUAUAGCUUGGGACUAACUCCAACAGGAGUCCUUGUUUUUGAAGGAGAAACCAAAAUCGGCUUGUUUUUCUGGCCCAAGAUAACCAGAUUGGAUUUUAAGAAGAAUAAAUUAACUCUGGUGGUUGUGGAAGAUGACGAUCAGGGUAAAGAACAAGAGCACACCUUUGUCUUUAGAUUGGAUCAUCCAAAGGCCUGCAAACACUUAUGGAAAUGUGCAGUGGAGCACCAUGCCUUCUUCCGUCUCCGAGGACCUGUCCAAAAGAGUUCUCAUCGAUCGGGAUUCAUUCGACUAGGAUCACGAUUUAGAUAUAGUGGAAAAACUGAAUAUCAAACCACAAAAACUAACAAAGCAAGAAGAUCGACCUCCUUUGAAAGAAGGCCCAGCAAGCGAUACUCUCGGCGGACCCUACAGAUGAAAGCAAGCGCAACAAAACCUGAAGAGCUUGGUGUUCCUAAUACUUCAGCCCAGAAUAAUGACUCCCAACAGGCUUGGGGUGUGAGGUCUUCUGUGCCUGUGAUCCCUUCCUCAACCUCUGGUCCUGUGCUGGUGGAGAUAGAGAAUCUUCCGCAGAAUUCUGCAGCAAACCAACACGACAGGAAAUGCUUGCCUCUGAAUGUUGAAUUGCUAAAUAGCCCAGACUUACUAGAAACAACCAUUGGUGAUGUAACAAGGACAUCAAAUACUUGGGAAACAUCCCUAGCACCAGAUGACAUUAAUGUAGCCACCAGAUCAAAUGAAUUAGAGGAGCCCAAAGUGGAAUCUGAGACAUUAAAAGAUGACACAGAGAAGCUUAAAGAGCUUGAAAUGGAGCAGAAUAUCUUGCCAUCUCCUCGACCUCCCAUUGACAUUAAUGUCAACAGCCAGGAAGAAGUGGUAAAGUUGACUGAGAAAUGUCUUAAUAAUGCCAUUGAGAGCCCAGGAUUGAAUGCGGUAAGGGUUCCUCCUGACUUCAAGAGCAAUAUCUUGAAGGCUCAAGUAGAAGCAGUGCACAAGGCUUCAAGAGAAGAUAAUUUAACUCAAAAAAAUGCCAGCAUUCAGGAUGCUGCGACAAACAGCACUGUAGUGAAUGAGGAUGUGCCCCCCUGCCGAGACUCUCCCACUCCAACGCAUGCCACAGCUGCAGACAGUGGGUCUGCACUCAAGGAUGCGACAGAUGAAUUGGAUGCCUUACUUCUUUCUCUAACUGAGAAUUUGAUGGACCACACAGUCACACCUCAGGUGUCUUCGUCAUCCAUGAUCACACCCCGGUGGAUUAUUCCAAGUGCUGCCGUCUCCAACCGGCUGACAGGGUGUGGAACGUCUGUGGCCGGGACCGAAGGGUGUGGCACUAAAGACGGAUUCUCACUCAUCUCCCCCCCAGCACCAUUCUUGGUGGAUGCUGUGACCAGCUCGGCUCCUCUGGCUGAAGACCCAGCCUUGAAACAGAAGUGCUUGCUGACCACUGAGCUCUGAGGGCUGCUGCUCCCGCUGGAUCUGGAAUGCCCCAUUCUAUCCCGUCAGCCCUGGAUCCAGCCCAGUGAGUCCUUUACUUGGAGAAAACCUUCUACCUGGAUUUGACUUCAACUCCAUGAAGAAAGUAGCUAUGUUUUCCGUCCGACUGGAAGUCUACCCCACAUAACUGAAGAUAACCUCCUCUUCUUCCAAUCAAUUCCCCAUCACCGAAAUUCAUUACUUCCCAGCAAACUCUUGGCUCCACCUAGCGGUCCCAACUGUUUGUAGCAGCCUAUGGCAAGGCUUGCUGUCCAGAGCCUUUUCACUGCUGUUUCCUGUGAUGUCAGGGUGAGCACACCUGACCUGAAAGCCUGCUGGAGAAACGAGUGGCACCGUCCUGAAGUGGGAACUUAGGAAGAGAUGGAAACACUGUAGGUGGAUCCCAGGCCAGCUCUCACAGUCACAGGACCCCAGGGACACUGAGAGAUGGAGGCUUUGUGUCAGCCACACUCUGCGGCCUGAGCAGUGACCAGCUCUGGACUUGAUC